UUGAAUUGCGCAAGUUCAAGUGCUUAGCUUGUCUCUUCCUCAACCAAUUCAUUCCUCCUUGCCGGGCACCUUUCGUGAUACUGCUCUGUCUCUCUCUGUCUCUCUUUCUUUCUCUUUUUUCUUCUUUUUUUCUCUCUUCUUUUCCCUAACCUUCUGUUUUCCUUUAUCUAUCGAUCGAUACUUCCUAAAUCCUGAAAAUCGACCGUCUUUCCUUAUUUGCUCUGAGGAUGGGCCAUAAUACAUCACCGAAUAUAAAUUCCGCCGGUGCCCCGAUACAACCGUCCUCGAAAGGUUCUGCUGCCACUCCGAAGCUGAACUCUCAAGAUAUGGAGAUGGGCAACCUUCCGGGCGGCGACCCGCCCCCGGCCGAACCGGAUAUUAUGCAGAUUGCGAGAGUAGGAGACAUAGUAGCAAUGGAAAAGCUCUUCGAGUCUUCGGAUUAUGACGCGACUUAUACAGAUGAUGAAGGCAUCACACCGCUGCACUGGGCGGCCAUUAACAACCAAUAUGCGAUGUGCAAGUUCCUUAUCGAGAAAGGCGCCGACAUAAAUAAGAAGGGUGGAGAGAGCAUCGCGACGCCGUUGCAGUGGGCUGCUCAGCGAUCGAACUACUAUACUGUCAAUCUUCUCCUUCAACAUGGCGCCGAUCCUCUCAUUACCGAUGCCCAAGGUUACAAUACUCUACACAUCUCGACCUUUAGCGGAAACGUCUUAUUAGUAGUAUUGUUACUACACCAGGGCAUCCCCGUCGACGUAGCCGAUUCUUAUGGUCAUACCAGCCUCAUGUGGGCGGCGUAUAAAGGCUUCCCGCAAUGUGUAGACCUCUUCUUGCGGUGGGGUGCGAGCGUACAUGCGACGGACGAACAAGGCUUUACGGCCUUGCAUUGGGGCUUGGUCAAAGGUUCACCGCUGUGCAUACUUAAGCUUCUAGAAUACGGCUCGGAUCGCUUCGCGAAGACGGGUACGGGUAAGACUCCCGCUAUAACAGCCAAGGACCUCAACACCGUCAACGCCUGGCAUAGAGCCUUGAAAGAAUGCGGUUACGACGAGGACGGGCACGUUGUGACCCCCUGGUGGCCUGGGUCGUCUUUCUUUCUCAAGGAUAAGCGCGGCUUUAUGAACAAAUCCUUAUUUCUCUUACCCGUCCCGCUACUAUUCACCGAGCUGAUGGUAAUGGCUCACUUACCUAUAUACUUUUCCAUACCGACUGCGCUCCUGAUAGGAUUCGGCUUUCAGUGGAUCACAAAUCAGAUUCUCGAGUACGCCCCUCCUGAUAUGAGGCAUUUGCAUAAGACACCUUGGCUAGCCGGUGUCUUUGCAGCGUCCUUGUUUUUGGUGGGCCUAAGGUGGAUUUUGACGAUAUUCCCUGCGACGUUUUCGCAACAUCCACUUCUCAACUUCACCUUUCUAUUCUUCUACAGUUUGAUAGCUUACUUUUAUACGGCGUGCAUGGUCUUUGACCCUGGAUAUGUGCCUAAACUCAACGGGAUCGCCGAACAAAAAGCCGUGAUCGACGAGUUGUUAAGUCUCUGGAAAUUCGACGAGUCUAACUUUUGCGUCACUUGCAUGAUCCGAACUCCUCUCAGGAGUAAACACUGUCGACGGUGUCAACGAUGUGUUGCGAAGCAUGACCAUCACUGCCCCUGGGUAAAUAACUGCGUCGGCGUUAAUAAUCACCGGCAUUUCUUCCUCUACCUGGUCAACCUCGUCUUCGGUAUCGUCUUUAUUGACUGGUUGCUAUAUUACUACUUUUCUGAGCUACCUCAAUCAGCUUCCAAAGGAGAAUGCUUGAUUUUGGCGGAUCCUAUCUGUGCCGUGGUCAAUACCGACCCAUACACGGUACUUCUUGGGAUAUGGACAACGCUACAGCUUACGUGGGUGGGAAUGCUUAUUUUCGUUCAGUUCAUUCAGGUCGGUCGUGCUAUGACCACAUAUGAAAAUAUGUACGGUAUUCAAGACGGCUCGGCGUCGUCGCUUGGCUCAGCCUUCACGAGCACCGGAGCGCCUCUUGACCCGAACCAUCCCGACAUUGCAGCUCCUCCAUCAGCAGCUGCAGACCCGCUAGGGACGGGCAGAGGCGCGCACGCGCAUAAGCACCAGAGUUUCUUGAAGCAGUGGGGCAGGCUUCUCGGCGUCGACACGUUUAUCGAGACAGCAACAGGUCGAGGCGCUGCUACUGCUAAGAAAUUGCGGAAGAAGCGUAAUCCUUACAACAAGGGCUUGGUGCAAAACUGCCGCGAUUUCUGGUGCGAUCCAGCACCUAUAUUCGGACGCAGAGAGACCGGUGAUGCGAUGUUAGGCGGCGAAAAAAUCAACUAUACGGAUAUUUACGAAAGUCCAGCUGCAAUGAACCUUGGGCUCGGCGGCGCAGGCUCGACUGGGCGGAGGAGAGACGGAUACGAAAGCGUGGCUGGCGAUGAUGUAUGACGAACGAUUGUUUUGAGAGCAGCGGCAUGACAUAUUACCGAGGUUUACGACUUGGUGAUAAUGAAUAUUGAGGCAAACACCUCGCAUUAAGGAGAGAGCUAUCAUUACGAAAGGGUUAGGGGAAUGAGGAAUGAAAUGUACAUUCUUGGCUUGCGGUGUCUAAAACCCCUCAGGAUCUGGCCGAGUUGUGUACAAAUGAGAGUGUAGAUAUUAAAUAGAUCACCAGUGCAUUCGAACCAUUACCUCCUACUUAGGUACCUGAUAUCUAAACUCAUCUGCGAUUUUUUAAGCCAUAUAGUAUCGUAUUAGUCCCUUACAUAGUCGCCCAUAAUAGGGGUUCGAUAUCGGAUCCGUACCUUCUAUUUAUAUCCGGU